GUCUGUGAUGCGACGCUGUGGCUCGUGAGAGACGCCAUUUUGUAGUUUGCGGAGAAGUGGAGCGGGAGAGAAAGAUCGAGAAGCCGCAAAGUCUGAGAUAACGCAAGAUGGGGAAUGUUUUCGCAAACCUGUUUAAAGGACUCUUUGGAAAGAAGGAGAUGAGAAUCCUUAUGGUGGGGCUAGAUGCAGCAGGGAAAACCACCAUCCUGUACAAACUCAAACUGGGAGAGAUUGUCACAACUAUUCCCACCAUUGGUUUCAAUGUAGAAACGGUAGAGUACAAAAACAUCAGCUUCACUGUAUGGGAUGUCGGUGGUCAGGAUAAAAUUCGGCCCCUGUGGCGUCAUUACUUCCAGAACACUCAAGGUCUCAUCUUUGUGGUAGAUAGCAAUGACAGGGAGAGAGUGAAUGAGGCGAGAGAAGAGCUGACGAGAAUGCUAGCAGAGGAUGAGCUCCGAGAUGCUGUCUUGCUGGUUUUUGCUAACAAACAGGAUCUCCCCAAUGCCAUGAACGCAGCAGAGAUCACAGACAAACUGGGCUUGCACUCACUGCGCCACCGUAACUGGUACAUCCAGGCCACCUGCGCCACCAGCGGCGAUGGUCUCUACGAGGGCCUGGACUGGCUCUCCAACCAGCUGAAGAACCAGAAAUGAUCCAUUGCGCUGUCCGUGUGCCGUGGCAGCGCCAGUCCUGGCUCCAAACCCAGCCUCCCUCACCUUGCUCCUCACCUCUCUUCCUCCUUCCUUCUCCCUCUCUCCAGCCUGUGAUUGGCGCUGCCUCGUGUGUGUCUGUGUAUGAGUGCGUGCGAGUGUGUCUGUCAGUUGGGAGUGGGAGCAGCCCUGGCGUGCCUUACACACCUCCUGUGGGGAAACAGCCGCCUGACUUGAGCGCUUCCUCUGGGUUCUAGUGUAGAGACGGGUGUGGCCCAGCGCACGCCCACUCGCCGUCCACUCCCCCACUUACAACAGUGUGGUUUUCGCUUGGCAAAGAAAGGCCCAGGAUGGAAAGUGUUGUCACCUUCCAAAGAAGAAAACUGAAAACCUGAUAAUUCACCAGUGGUAGAAUGGAGACACAUGCAUGCUCUUGUGUUGAGAACCCCCUCCCUUUAAACUCAUGUUGUAACCUGUAUCAGGUUGGGAAAAAAGUCAAUAAAAAGCAUUUUCCAUCCUCGAUCUUUCUUUGCAUUACUUCAAAAUCAUGCUGAAGUUCUGCUUGAAGCAAGGCCCAACAACUCAUAGCUGUGAUUCUUUUAAGAAACACUACCCACACCAUGAAGCGCAAGCAAACCUUUUUCCAAGAUUUUUCCCCAGCUCUCUGCUUUACAUCUGAUGUGUCAUUAUUUCGUGUCAUCCAGCUCUGCAGAGCUGAAUUUCCUCUUGCGUAAUGCCAUUUCAGGACUUGAUUAUGCGUUGCAUACCCAUUUUAAGUAAAUGAUGGAAAUAAGGCUGCUGGUGUUCAUGUGGUUU